AUGAUACAAAUAAAUUCAGUUAAUGCACUUUCAGGCGACAUUACACUUGAGCCUCAGCAAUUCUUGGCGCAAUUUGUUUCUUGCGAGCUGUCAGUAUCCUCAUACGCCUAUUGUAUUACCCUUGCAAGGUUUAAAUAUGCUGAGAGCACAAACGUUUCGAAUAGUGUUCGCUUCAAAAACAAGAAUGCCGGGCAAGGUGAUCAGACUAGUAAACGUUGGAAAGGCGCAAACUUGAUUAUCAAGGUAAUAUAG